UAGUAGUAGUAGUAGUAGUAGUAGUAGUAGUAGCAGCAGCAGCAGUAGCAGUAGCAGCAACAAACCCCGCUCACCACAUUCCCACUCUUGCGUAGUUCAGAACACAAGUCUGAUACCAUUUGUUUCUUUGGAAGUGUGAGUGAGUUCGCGUGUACGUACGUGUCGCGGUCAUAUUUAUGGGUACAUGCGCGCGCCUGAAUGAGUGCGUGCGUGUGUACAUGCGUGUGUCGGUGGCGAUGGUGGUGGUGGUGGUGGUGGAGGCAUGUGCGUGUAGGUGUUGCUUUGGGGUCCGCGGGUCGCACAUGGUGGCUGGCGAGGCGCUCAGUGGCCGCUCAGCCCUUCCCCUGCUAGGCUGUCCUGCCCGGAGCUCGCUGCCUCCCACACUCACACACGGACACUCCCAGCCUCCCUCGACCCAACACUCCCUCCCUCACUCCGUCCGUGGCUCCCCUUCCUCCCACACCCUCCGUGCUCCCCGUGGCUGCUGCAGGAGAUAGGAGUCGCCGAUCAGUGCUAAUUGUCAGCGUGGACUUGUGCUGCUUCUGUAGUGGUGGUAUUUCGGGAGGAGCGAGAGGGCCAGCAGCAGCCUGUUGCUUACCUGAGACCUCUAGGAAGUUUCUCUUUAGCUUCGCCAAGCUCAAGAGUUCCAGCCUUGCCUGUCUGUUUCCUGUAUGUGCGCUCCAACACCUGUGCUCCUACUGAUGAUGACAACAGCAGCGGUGAUGAUACUGGUGAUGGUGAGGCAGACGAUACUUCCUCUUCCUCUCCCUUCAUCAUCAUCACCAUCUUUACCUUUGUCAUUUAGUCCAAAACCUGCCUUCGUUCAGCGCCUCUUUUUUGUUUAGAUGUGAAGGGGGAAUAUUAAGAGAUAAUAAAAGAGAGAUAAAGUCUGGAGAGAGAAGGAAAAUAAAUUAGUCAGAAAUUGAGAUUGUGAAGGAAAGGGAGUGAGGGAGGUUUGAAAAAAAUAAGGAAGGAAUAGCGUGAUAAGGGACAGGAAUGCGAAAGGAAAAGGGGAAAAAUAAAAAGGUAGAGGAGUGAAUAGGAAUUUGUUGUAUGGAAAGAAGGAAAAGACGAAAGAAGGAGAUUGUGAGGUGAAAAUUGUGAUUGGGAAGAAUAUACGUAGAAGGGAAAAAUCUAACAUUCUAAGAGGAAAAUAGUGUAAAGGGAAGAAUACGAGAUAAAGAUUUUAGAUAAAGAAAACCGUGAACAGAAAAAAAAGGAAAAAGGAAGGAAGAAGACGAGAACGAAAAAAAAAAAAUUGAAACUAGUGGAUUAAUGAAAGCAACAAAUAAAUAGAUAAAUAAGUAAAUAAAUCAAGGAAAACCAGAUAAGUUUUGAAACGGAAAAAAGUGAGACCCAAGGAAAUAUAAGAAAAUAAUAAGAAAAACGAAGAAGAGAAGGGAAGAAAGAAGAAGAAGAAAAAAAGGACAGUGUAAUCCGUCAUCUUCAGUCCCUCUUUCUCUCUCCUUUUUUUCCCUCCACUCCUGCUACUUUCCCUCAUCAUCAUCAUCCCAGAGGCAAGACACCUAUGCACGCACGCACGCAAGGCGACUCAUGUAAACAAACACGAGAGCUGAGUGGCGGUGGAGCAGCUCACCUGAGACUCCACGCCAGGUAAACAAACAUGAGGGCUGAAUAGUGGUGGAGCAGCUCACCUGAGUGUCCCCGCCAGGUUGGUCACUGGUAGCAGGCUCUCCUAAGGACGUCUCUGAGGUUCACGUCGGGAUUCGAACCGUGGCCAGUCAGUCGAUUCCCGUGUUCGUUGUGUUCUCAACCGUUAACUCAACAAGACUACAGCGAAUAAUAAGUGCUUGUCGUUCGUGAUCAUUUGGGUAAAGAACAAGAAAGAAAAACAAAAGUCAUAUUUUUUCCUACUCACGAAAAAUAGAUAAUUAGAUAAAAUAAGUGUGUUAAAUUUUUUUGUAACGACGUAAAAUAUGACAAUCUUAAUAUAUCAGCCAGAACACGUCAUGCUAAUACUCAAGAAUAACUGAAAAUAAAAUAAAAAUAAAAAAUAGUUGUUUGUGCCAGUAUUACGUUUUCUGUGAGGACUAGUGUAAUUACAGACAAUCAUAAAGAAAAAAAAAAGGAAAGACGAUUUCAGCUCGGCGUAAAGAUGUGAAAAUAUUUAGACAUUAAAUAACUGAAUUUGAAUUAAGUGCAAGAAAAUUACAAGAAAAAUACAUGUAAGCCAGAUAAAAGAAGAAGACAAAAAACAUUGCAAGAAGAAAAGGAAAGAUCAUCGAAGAAAUAAUAAAACGAAUAUUAAUAAAGAAAUAACCAUAAAAAUUUUUUUUUAAAUGUGUGUGCGUGUGUUUGUGACGUGGCGGCGCUGUGUAGUGUUGUGCGUCCCUUGAGCAACGAACCAAUCGCUAAUCGCCACGUGUCCGCUUGUGAUUGGCUGGUGAUUUCCCUGCUGGCUACAAGGCGGCCUGUGAUUGCUGGCCUGAUCCUGUUGCGGCGCUGGUGUGUAGCUGAUGGCUUUGUUCCCAGCGACUCUCACCACCCGCCGCCGCGGCUGACUGACUGACGGAGGAAAGAAAGGAAAGGAAACAACGAAACAAAAGAAAGACAGGAAGCGUUCAUUAUAUCUUACCGCUGAAAUCUCGAGACAUAUUAGAAGAAAAUCAAAGAAAAUAUCCUCUUUCAGUUUUACGAAAAGAGGAAAGAGAAAGGAAACAACGAAACAAAAAAAGAAUAUUUAUUUUAUCGUAACGAAGAAAACUAGACAGAUUUGAAGGAAAAAUAAAACGAGGAAAGAAUAAAAGAAAUUCUCCUUUCAAUUUCACAAGAGGAUAGUAAAUAAAAGAAAACAACAAAAUAAAAGGAAGAAAAUUCAAACAAAAAAAUAAUUGAAAAACAUCCACUUUUCAGUUUUACGAUAAAAUACGAAAGGAAAAAAAAGACAUAACAAAAAAAAUCGAUCACAAACUUCCAUUGUAAAAACUAAAAAGUCAAGACAGAUCAGAAAAACAACAUCUCUAACGCCAUGUUAUUAAAUGAGGAUCUAGUGACUCGGCUGAAAAGAAAGAAAAUACUGAAGUGAUUGACUGAGAAAGAGUGAAGUGAAUAGAAACGAAGAGAAGUUGGCGAUCAGUAAAAGUUAAGGCCAAGUAAUAGAGGCAAGAACUAGGAACCGAUUAAACCACGCUCAUAACAAUACGGUCACAACUUUCCUUCCUCUCGAUCAGUAAGUUCGGUCAGAUCUGGUGCUUGGGACGAUCUGUUGAGAGAGAGAGAGAGAGAGAGAGAGAGAGAGAGAGAGAGAGAGAGAGAGAGAGAGAGAGAGAGAGAGAGAGACUGACUCCCAGACGCGGCCUCUCCAUCUCAGAAUUCUCUCUCCCUUUGUGCCGGAGAGAAAAAUAAUAAAGUAGCUAUUGUCCUCCCGGCUCUUCCCUUCGCCUGAAAAAAUAGAGAGCGAGAGACAGAGAGACAGAAAAAAUAUAUAGCAGAAAAGAAUAACCACUUCCUUGUCCUCCAGGCAGGCACACACACACACACACACACACACACACACACACACACACACACACACACACACACACACACACACACACACACACACACACACACACACACACACACACACACACACACACACACACACACACCAUUACUCCGCCCAUCAACUCAUCAUCUUCAUAGCUUCACCGCUCUCCACGCCCACACCAGCUUACUCCAACCCAACGCCACGCGCACCUCUAGCCAUGGACCAAUUGGAGGCGACACCCACCCCGGGGCUCUCCGUGGCCAUCACCAUCAUGACUACUUUGCUCAACACCACUCUAGAGGACUACCCGUUGCCCUGCCUUGACGCCUGCAAUGCCUCCGCCUCUGCCUCCUCCAACAGCACCACGGACACCGACUCCCACAGCAGUAAUGAGACGGAGAAAUACUGCACGUCUCGGGGCUGGACGGAUUUCCGGGAGAGCUACCAGCCGGUGCACGGGUGCAUGUCGCUGGUGGUGUGCGUGUUCGGCUCCGUGGCCAAUGUGAUCAACAUGGUGGUGCUGACUCGGCGCUCCAUGGUGUCCCCGACCAACGCCAUCCUGACGGGCCUGGCAGUGACCGACCUGCUGGUGAUGGUGGAAUACAUCCCCUACACCAUGCACCAGUACGUGUGGCAGUGGAGCUCCCUCACCGCCCGCUUCUCCUGGGGCUGGGCGGUGUUCAUCCUCUUCCACGCCCACUUCGGCCAGGUCUUCCACACCAUCUCCAUCGGCCUGACGGUGACGCUGGCGGUGUGGCGCUACAUCGCCAUCGCCUUCCCACAGAACAACGCCUCCUGGUGCUCCAUGCCGCGCACGCUCAGGGUCAUCGUCGCCGCCUUCUUUUGCUCGCUCAUCUGCAAUAUUCCUAACUAUCUCAACUUCACCAUCGUUCAGUUCGAGUACAACGGAGAGACUCUGUACCGCGUGGACCUGAGCCGCCUGGCGCUGGCACACGGGGAAAUCCUGAAGAACAUCACCUUCUGGAUCUAUUCUGUCAUCCUGAAGUUGCUGCCGUGCGCGGCGCUCACCGGCCUCUCGGUGGCCAUCAUCAAGGAGCUGCUGCGCACCGCUCGCCGCCGCGCGAAGCUCAUGAACUCGUCGGGUCGCGCCAACGACGCCGAGAAAGUCGCGGAUCGUGUCACCAAGAUGCUGCUGGUGAUCCUGGUGCUGUUCCUGGCGUCCGAGGUGCCGCAGGGCAUUCUGAGUCUCCUGACGGUAAUACUCGGCUCAGAAUUCUUCCCGUGUUACCGCAACCUCGGCGAGACGAUGGAUAUGCUGGUGCUGCUCAACAGCGCCAUCAAUUUCCUGCUGUACUGCGCCAUGAGCAAGCAGUUCCGCGACACGUUCAGCGAGCUGUUCAAGCCGUGCUGCACGCCCGUCCUCUCGGUCCGCAAGAAGCGGUUCCUGCCUAGUUGGAUGACAGGCACCUUCGCUGACCCGGGCACGGAAAGCAACAACACCUGCAUCACACACGUGUAGCAGCCCGGCGGCGGCGGCGGCGGCGACGGC